AGGAUCAAACACACCGCGAUGAAUGCUCAAAAUAAAGUCGGCAAGUUGAACAGAGAACUAAAAAAGCUCCUUUCAAAAGAAAGACGAUAACUUUUGUGAUUUGAACUUUGCCGCUCAAUAAUACACAAGCAAGGUUAUAUCGUGCAGAAGAGUUCGUACUGAAAGUACAAAUGUUACUUAUUCUAGGUUAAUAACUAGCUAUAUAUAUUUAUAUUUUCAUAACAAAUUAAGAAAUUAUUAUGCCGCAACUUCCAACUUCUACCCCUUCUGGCGAAGACGGAGCCGAAGAUGAAGUUAAACGUUAUGCCAGAGAAGAAGAUGAAUGUAGUGAUUCUUCCAAUAUUGAUGUUGUUAAUGAUAUCAAAGUUGAUUUAUUUAAAGAAGAUGAUCCUGAGUUGGGCAAAACAAAUGAUGAUGAUUUAUACCGAGCACAUCCAAGUUCAAAUAGGUAUGGAAAAAGUGAAGGACAUGGCAUGUAUGGUAGUCCCGCUGCUGUAAUUGUUGGACCUCAUCGAUAUUAUGACCAACCCCCAAUUUAUCGUCCUGGAACCACAACCCAUGGCCCACCCACUCACCCAAAUUCCUUUACUUCUGGGACACAAAUCCGUAUGCCAAUGUACCCGCGCGAGGAAAGAUCAUACUAUGAACAUGGAUCAUGGCCUGCUACUCAAGUAGGUAUGCCUCCACAUUAUGGUAUGUCCUAUGGAUCUGGAAUGGCUCAAAAAUAUGGUUUUCGUUACCCACCCGGUGUCCCCCCUGGUGUUCCUUAUUACGGUCCUGGUCAUGGUUAUCCGGGAAUGCCUGGUAGACCUGUAAAAGAACAAAAACGUCCACAUGUCAAGAAACCUUUAAAUGCGUUUAUGUUAUUCAUGAAAGAACAGCGUCCUAAAAUAGCUGCAGAGUUUACAUUAAAAGAGAGUGCUGCAAUAAACCAAAUUCUUGGGAAAAGGUGGCAUGCUUUGGAGAAAUCAGAACAAGCCAAAUACUAUGAGUUAGCAAGAAAAGAACGCGCCAUUCACAUGCAGUUAUACCCUGGGUGGAGCGCACGGGACAACUAUGCACAAAUCGGUCGUAAAAAGAAACGUCCAAGAGAUAAAAAUGAAGAAAUGAAUCCAAAAAAAUGCAGAGCAAGAUAUGGUUUAGAUAGACAAGAACAAUGGUGUAAACCUUGUCGAAGGAAGAAAAAAUGUAUUCGAUUUCUUGUCGGUGCAGAUGGCGAAACAACAGAGGUUGCUGAAAAAGAUAAUGAACACUCUGAUUCAGAUGAUAAUGAGAAUAGAACUCAAAUUAAUUCAAAAGAAAAUCUCCAAGAACUUGUAACCAUGGCAACAAAAGAUACACAAAAUAUUACCUCCACUAUUUUAAACAAUAACAAUUCUAGCAUUGUGACAACAUCGAUAUCACCAGGUACAUCACCUGUCAGUAGUGAUAGCACCUCGAUAUAUAAAUUCUCUAUUGAAGCUAUUUCGUCUUCAUCAGCGACCGAUUCUUCGCUAGAUUCUUCCACAAUAGGAUCUGUUACAUACACAUCAAAUGGACGUACAUUUACAAACAGCAUUGUAUCGGAUAGUACUCAAUCGCUAGAAAGUUUGAAAACGAUAUCUGCACAGUGCUCUUGAUUUAGUGUUGGAAUAAAGAAAUUAUUUUUAAGCAAUGCUUAACGUUAUUCAAAAUCUUUGAUAUCUUUCAAUGCCCUAAUGGAUUAUAUAUAACAUUUUCGAAACAAAGUGCUAUACAGGAUUAUUAUGCAUAUAUAUAUAUGAUAGAUGAUAUAGUUAUAUUAUAUAUGUACAAAAUGCAUUGUGCUGCAGACAUCCCAUUAAUAUAUAUGAUGUGUAAUCACAUUCAGAUAUUCACCCAAUAAAAUGCCUUUCAUACCUUUCAAUACCUAAAAUUUUGGUUUGUGGUCAAUUUUAUAAUUUUGCAUCACUAAUUGUGAUAUGAUUCUAAAAAUAUCAAUUGUGUUGGGUCUUGCGCUCCUUUCUUAGGUUGAACAAUUUUCAUCACUCUCGGUGUCGAACAUGUUUCUGCAGCAUGGCAAAAAUUAAUUUAGCUCUUAUUUUUUUUGGCUUAAUAUUUUUUAUAAAAAGUUUGUUUAAAAAUCCUUUUUUUCUUUUUUACCUCCUUUAACAUGACUAAAAAAUCAAAAAGCAAUCAAUCUGGCAAAACACAGGGUCAACAUGUCUAUAAAAUUUUCUUGUAACAUAUUGUAUAUACCUUCAUGUUUUUUUUAAACAACCUUAUUCCUAGGCCUUUUAAACCUUCUUUUUGUCAUUAAUGUCGUUGAUGUUUAAAAGUCCUGUGAACUAGGUUGUUGUUUUUUAACACUAACGAAGAGAGGUGUACAUAAUAUAUUUCUAAUUGAAGUCAGAAAAAAAAUCAAAAUGUUCUUA